AUGGUUUUUGGGGGUUGGGUGGUGGGUGUGGGGUUGGUUUUUGUGUGGUGGUGGUGGGUUUGUGGUGGGGGUGGGGGUGGUUGUUGUUGGUGGUUUUGGUGGGUGGGGGGUGUGGGUUGGGUUGGUGGGGUGGGGGUGUUGUGGUGGGGUGGGGUUUGGGGGGGGGGUUUGGUGUGUGUGGGUGGGUGGGGUGUUUGGUGGGGUGGUGGUUGGGUGGUUUGGUGGGGUGUUUGGGUGGGGUGUGUGGGGGGGUGGUGGGGGUGUGUGUUGGGGGUGGUGGUGGGUGUGUUUUUGUUGUGUGUGGGGUUGGUGGGUGUGGUGGUGUGUUGGUGUGUGGUGGGGGUGGUGGGGGUGUGGGGGGUUGGGGGGUGGGGGGGUUGUUGUGUUGGGGGGGGGGGGGGUGGGGGUUGUGUGGGGUGGGUGGUUUUUUUGGGGGUGUUGGUUGUGGGGUGGGGGUGGUUGGGGGUUGGUUGUAUUUGGGUUAUGGGUGGGGGGUGGUGGGGGUGGUGGUGGGGUGAGGGGUUUGGUGUUGAGUUUAUGUUGGUGGGGGGGGGGGGGGUAGGGGGGAGGUGGGGGUGGGGUGGGGGGGGGGGGUGUGGGUGUGGGGGGGGGGGGGGGGUGGUGGUGGUGGGGGGGGGGUGGGGUUUGGUGUGUUGGGGGGUGGGGGGGGGGGGGUGGGGGGUGGGUGGUGUGUGUGUUGGGUUGGGGUGGGUGUGGUGGUUGGGGUGUUGGGGGGGUGUGUUUGUGGGGUGGUGGUGGUUGUGUGGGGGGGGUGUGUUUUUUGGGUGGUGUGGGUGGUGGGGUGGGGGUUUGGUUUGUUGUGGGGGGUUUGUGGGUGUGGGUGGUUGGGGGUGGGGGUGGGGGUGGGGGAGGGUGUGGGGGUUGUUGUGGGGUUGUGUAUGGUGUGGGUGGGUGGUUUUGUGGGUGGUGGGGGUUGGGGGGGGUGGGGUUGGGGGGGGGGGUGGUUGGGGGGGGUGUGGUGGUGGUGUGGGGGUGGUGGGGGUUGGGGGGGGGGUAGGUGUGGUGUUGGGGUGGGGUGUGUGGGUGGGGGGUGGGUGGUGGGUGGUGUUGGGGUGUUGGGUUGUGGGGGGGGGGGGUGUGUGUUGGUGUUGGGGGUUGGGAUGGGGUUGUAGGGGUGUGGGUGGUUGUGGGUGUUUUGUGGGGGUUGUUGGUUUUGGGUGUGGGGGUGGUGGUGUGUGUGGUGUGUUUUGGUUGUUGUGGGGUUGUUGUUGUGUGGUUUGUGGGGGUGGUGGGUGGUGGUUUGGUGGGUGUUGUGGGUGGGUGUGGGUUGGUGUGGGUUGGGGGUUGGGGUGGGGGGGUUGUUGGGUUGGGUUGAGUGGUGGGGGUGGGGGGGAUGGUUGUGUGUGGAGAGGGGGGAGGUGGAUUGAAGGGGGGGUGUUUGUGGAAAAGGAUAGGUGGGGGGUAGGGUGUAGGGGUUUUGGUAGUUUAAGUAAUUUGUGGGGGGGGUGGUGGGGGGUGGGUGGGUGGUGGGUGGGUGGGGGUGGGUGGUUGGUGGGGGGAGUGGUGUGUUGUGGGUGGGUGUUGGGUGUGGGUUGUGAUGAUAGGGGGGGGGGGUAG